AUGGACGCUUCAAACCCUAAGCGACCUCGCCAUGAGGUUUCUUCCUCAAUCCAAAACCCUAGUUCUCUUCCUGUUGCUCCAAGUUCCAAUCAAAACCACUUCGAUUUGAUUCUCUCUGCUUUAGUCUCGUUCCCGGCUUCAUCUGCUUCGUUAUAUCCUCGCCGGUCUCAAUUGGCCGAUCCUUGGAUCCAGCGGUCGAUAAAGCUCUUGCCUCAGUUUCUGGUGAUGUCUCCGAACGUACUCUCGAACUCGUCUCGCUUCUUCACGAGUCUAUUAAACGGUUCUUUCGGAACCAAGCUACUGGUUGGAAUUUCAGUUACUGGCCACUUCCUCAGGAACUCACCACUAAGAAUGCGAGCGAUGGCAUGCUGCACAAUGUUCCACAAGUAUGCCAUGGAACCGUCAUGUUACUCUCACAUCAACUUGACAACAUCUGCCAAAAACGUCAAUGAAGAAGUGUGUACCAUGAUCCAUCGGGCUGGAAAACAACUCAGAUUCCUUGAACUUGGUGAUGUUGAAGCGGAUAAAUCUACUAAGCCUUUGCUUACAGGAGCUUGCUUCUACCACUAUCAAAUAGUUUUAUUGGGUAUUGCCUUGUCGAAAUACCUGAGAAGCAUGCACCUUUACAACAUCGGAUAUCUGCAUGAGAAGUCCUCCGUUGCUGCUUUCUCAGCUUGUUCAAAUAUCACUGAUGUGAAGAUUGUUGGAACGUAUAAACUAACUGACCAUCAACUUAACUCACUGAAUAAAAACUGUCGCUUCAUAGAGCACUUCUUCUAUGAGAUUUAUAGUUGCCCACCUAGAUCAAGAGAAGAAACACCAGCCUUGGUACAGUUCUUGACUAACAUCCCGAACAGUGCUUGUAAACUUAAGUACUUGAAUCUGUCUAGAAACACUACGAUCAAGGGUCGAUUUUUGAGGGAUUGGGGAGAUAGCUUGAAAGCCAAUUCACUCGAGACUCUAAUACUGCGUGACUGCUCUUCUCUAGAUGAGGACAUUUCGAGUAAUCAAGGCUUGUCAUCUCAUGGCGGCAAAAGAGCACUCAAACCAAAGUAA